CUUCUAUUCUCCGCAAAUCUGAUCCUUCCUACGCAUCUCGAGUGGCUUCCGCCGCCACCUUAUCUCAAUUGCCACGAUGGGCCAUCCAGAACCAGGCUCAAUUCCUCAAACCGUCAUUCUCGCCUGCAGUAUCCCCGUCAUUUUCGCAAGCAUUAUUGUCUUCAUCCCGAAAAGUGGCAUCCUCAGCCGGGUUGGUGCAGCGGUGGCGCUGAGUUGCCUGCAGUAUUCCCUUUACACUUCUCUUUUGGAAUCUUCCCUGCCUCAAGCCCAGAUAACCGGCAUCUCUUUGUUCAGCUGGGGACUGUACGCCAAUGGCACUGAACAGGUUCUGCUCUCGCGCUACGAUGCCGACGAUAUCCUCACAGUAGAAGAGAGACGGUUGGGCCGUCGGUUAAGUACUGUCACCCGUCUUCUUCGUGCCGUGGGCGUGUAUUUUAGCCUGCGCCGUGUUGGCCUACGAGGGGAGAUUUCGAUGAAGCAACGUGUCUCGUCAAAUUCUAUUCUCUUUGUUAUAACAAAGAUUAUUGAGUGCGUGGGCUGUUAUCUCAUCUUGGAUGCCAUAUUGCUCGCGCCGCGUCCAGAAAGGCACCUGAUCACAAGAGAGAAGCAGUCACUGUUCAACUUAUCGAGUCUGACUCGGGAAGAUGUAAUCUUCCGCAUUUAUAGCUCCCUUGGAAAUUGGGUUAUUGGUUAUAUCUCAGUACGAUUAGCCCAUGGCUUUGUAGCUGCAGUAUCAGUUUUGCUUGGUUUGUGUAAGCCGGAGGAUUGGCCGCACCUCAACGGGCCAAUAAGUUCAUGGUCGACUGUUCGGACCUUUUGGGGAACGUUUUGGCAUCAACUUUUCCGCAAGGCUCUGACCGGCUGGGGAGACUUCAUCCCGGAUAGAGUUCUCCGGCUCCGUCGCGGUAUGCCGCUGUCGCGAUACUUACGCUUGAUAUUGACAUUCUUUACUUCUGCGCUGAUGCACCGCUGCCUGCAUUACUUCUAUCGUCUUGAGGCUGGAGAGUGGUAUGAGAUUGAGACCUUUUUUCUUCUACAGCCAGUGGCGAUUAUGUUUGAAGAUGCGAUGCAAGCUGCAACCGUGCACAUUCCCCUCUCAAGGCCAUUACGCUGGAUAGUUGGGUUUAUCUGGCUAUGCGCAUUCUUCACAUGGGUCACGCCAACAUUCCUUUACCCUACUAUGCGAGUGCCAGAUCCGGGGCAGUUGCUUCCAUUUUCAGUCUUGGGCCAUCUUAUCAAGAAGUAAUAGGCACGGCCUUGUUUGGUGAAGUUGGAAUUCAAGAUACAAAGUUCUUUGUGAUGAUUAUAGGCUCUCAGCCCCACGUCUCAACUGCAAGUAGCCCAUAUGUUGACAUCUUAGAGUUAGACAAACAGAACAUAGACAGAUACUAGGAAAGAUCCUUAAACCCUGGAUUAGAAUACAUAUUUCUUAGUAAAGGCUCUAAGGUCUUUAUAGCUUGCAUUUGCGUACCAGUC